AUGAACCCACUCUCCAGGCUUCAAAUCCAGAUCUCCCUACAUCCUCACUUCUGCAAUUCCGGGCCGCAGCGCUGGGCGCGAAGAGCUAGUGUUGCGGCGCUGGCGACGGGCGGGGCUGCGAGCGCCGAGGGGCCCGGGAGGCCGGGGCCACUGCAGGAUGAGACCCUGGGCGUGGCGUCCGUACCCUCACAGUGGAGGGGCGUCCAGGGCAUCCGCGGGGAGACGAAAAGUUGCCAGACGGCCAGCAUCGCCACCACUGAAGCGUCCACCCAGGCCCAGAGUCAUGCCGAUGCUCAGGUACAGACGGAGGCCCCCAUGCCAGUCAGCAUGCUGCCUCUGCCCCGUCACGACACCCCCCGCCUGGCAGCCUUUCUUCGGCGUGUGGAGGCCAUGGUCAUCCGAGAGCUGAACAAGAAUUGGCAGAGCCAUGCCUUUGAUGGCUUCGAGGUGAACUGGGCUGAGCAGCAGCAGACG